AUACUCUCACUCCACUCUGUUUAUUUUCUUUUUGGUAUUAAAAGAACGGCAUAGGCUAAAAGAACAGUGUAAAAAUAUUCUCUUGUGUUGGGAAGGUUGGCUGAUUAAUUCUGAUUGGAUUCAACAAACUGAUAAACUUGCAUUUGGUUAGGUAGAAGGCCUGCAUAUCCAGUAAACUUAAGUCAGCCUUUUCAAAAUGAGUGAAGAAAACUCUGAACCAAAAGAGGCAAUUCUCAAUAUACCUGAACCUCCGAAAAAGCGCUAUAGACGUGAUGACGAAUCCUCCAGUUCAGCAUCAGAUGAUGAUAAUUACGUUCCAUAUGUGCCAGUAAAAGAAAGAAAACAACAGCAAUUUAUGAAGCUGGGUCGACUAACUCAGCUAAAGGAAGAAUCAAGCGGGAAGGGUAAGUCUUCGAGUGAGAAUGAACAUGAUGAUGAGGAGGAAGAUGGACAAGUGUGGGGUCGGAAGUCCAACAUCAGUCUGCUUGACCAGCACACAGAGCUCAAGAAGAUGGCUGAGGCCAAGAAAGAAAGUGCGAUGGAGAGACAAUUGAAGGAGGAGGAGAAAAUCUUGGAAAGUGUUGCUGAGAAGAAAGCUCUCAUGGGAGUAGCUGAGUUGGCCAAGGGCAUCCAAUAUGAGGAUCCUAUCCAAACCAGUUGGAGACCCCCACGCUGUGUACUUAACCUUCCGCCGCACAGACACGACCGAGUGCGCCACAAGCUGCGUAUCCUGGUGGAGGGGGAAGACGUACCUCCGCCUUGCCGCUCCUUCAAGGAGAUGAAGUUCCCACGUGGCAUCAUUGCAGGACUGGAGGCCAGAGGCAUCACUAAACCAACACCCAUCCAAGUCCAGGGCAUCCCAACAGUGUUAUCUGGGAGAGAUUUGAUUGGGAUUGCUUUCACAGGAAGUGGCAAGACCCUAGUAUUUGUUUUGCCGUUGCUCAUGUUCUGCAUAGAACAAGAAGUCCGACUACCGUUCAUAGCCAAUGAAGGACCAUACGGGCUGAUAAUUUGUCCCUCCCGAGAGCUGGCCAAGCAGACGUACGACAUAGUGAACCACUACAGUGAGAGUCUGCGGCAACAUGGGAUGCCACAGCUCAGGGCCUGUCUGGCUAUUGGUGGAGUGCCUGUGUCCGAGUCCUUAGAGAUCAUCAACAGAGGAGUGCAUGUGAUGGUGGCCACUCCAGGCAGACUGAUGGAUAUGUUGGAUAAGAAAAUGGUCAGAUUAGACGUCUGCAGAUAUCUCUGUAUGGAUGAAGCUGACAGAAUGAUUGACAUGGGUUUUGAGGAAGACGUGCGAACUAUUUUCUCAUUUUUCAAGGGACAAAGACAAACUCUUCUGUUUUCUGCCACUAUGCCAAAGAAGAUUCAGAACUUUGCUCGCUCUGCCUUGGUGAAACCUGUCACAAUAAAUGUAGGAAGGGCGGGAGCUGCUUCCAUGAACGUCAUUCAGGAAGUGGAGUAUGUGAAACAGGAGGCCAAGAUAGUUUACUUGCUAGAGUGUCUACAGAAGACAAAGCCGCCUGUACUCAUAUUUGCUGAGAAGAAACAAGACGUUGAUGCCAUACAUGAGUACCUUCUGUUGAAAGGGGUGGAGGCAGUGGCGAUUCAUGGAGGGAAAGAUCAAGAAGAGCGGUCGCGUAGUGUAGAAGCAUUCCGUGCAGGCCGCAAAGACGUCUUGGUGGCUACUGAUGUCGCUUCUAAAGGUCUCGACUUCGCUGAUGUCCAACAUGUCAUCAACUAUGAUAUGCCUGAUGAUGUGGAAAACUAUGUGCAUCGUAUUGGUCGUACUGGAAGGUCUGGACGUACUGGUAUUGCCACUACUUUCAUCAACAAAGCCAAUGAUGAGUCUGUUCUCUUAGAUCUAAAACAUCUUCUCAUCGAGGCCAAACAAAAAGUACCUCAGUUCUUGGCUGAAUUACAAAGCGAGAAUGAAAAAUACCUUGAACUUGGAGAUGAACGAGGCUGCAGCUACUGCGGUGGUCUGGGACACAGGAUCACAGAUUGUCCAAAACUGGAGGCUAUCCAGAACAAGCAAGCAUCCAACAUUGGCCGCAGAGAUUACCUCGCCAGCAAUGCUGCUGACUACUAACCUGUUACACUUACAACAAGAACUGCCCUUGCAAUCAUAUGUUUCAACAAGGAUUACCCUAUGUGUAUUUUUACUUGUAGGACAAAUUUCCUCACACGUUAGUUUUCCUAACAUGUGGACUCCUUACUAUUAUUACACUGUAUAAUAAAAAAAUAGUUAUGCAUUAGGCCUAUACUAGGACAAUAGCAUGUAUAUAUGUAUUAUAUUAU